GGCGGCCCCGGCUCCCUGCGCUCGGCCAUGGCCCCCCCGCCUCCGUGCAGGCUCCCGAGGUCGCUGCCGCCGUGGCUGCUGCUGCUGCUGCUGUUGAGUGUGGCGCUGCUGGGCUCCCAGGCCCGAGCCGAGCCCGCCGCUGGGAGCGCCGUCCCCGCGCAGAGCCGCCCGUGCGUGGACUGCCACGCGUUCGAGUUCAUGCAGCGCGCCCUGCAGGAUCUUCGGAAGACGGCCUACAGCCUGGACUCGAGGACGGAGACCCUCCUGCUGCAGGCCGAGCGCCGGGCCCUGUGUGCCUGCUGGCCUGCCGGGCGCUGAGGAUCCUCAGACACCACUGUCCCCUCAUCAAUAAAUGCCCAGCCCAGCA